UUUAAAUGUCAGGAAAUAUUUGUGUAAAAUCGGUGAAAUAUAAACGGACGCGGUGAAUGAUAAAAUAGGAAAUUCCGUAAAAUGUACGAUAUUCGACGUGCAUUCUGUUUAUUGUUUUUAAUAUUUUCAUUGGAUAAAGUGGACCUAUUGGAAAAUGGGUUGGCUCGCACUCCUCCCAUGGGGUGGAUGUCAUGGGGAUAUUAUAUGUGUGGAGUUAAAUGUGAGGAUGGCGAGGACAAAUGUUUAAAUGAACAACUAGUAUUAUCCGUAGCGGACAGUUUUUACAAAGAUGGCUACCAGGAAGCAGGGUUUGAAUACAUCAUAAUUGAUGACUGCUGGUCUGAAAAGCAUCGGGAUAGGAAUGGAAGGCUUGUAGCUGACAGAAAGAGGUUUCCACGAGGAAUGAAGUUUAUUGCUGAUUAUAUCCAUGCUCGAGGUUUAAAGUUUGGCAUGUACACCAAUGUAGCAAAUAUCACAUGUAUGAGAUACCCAGGGUCUCUGAGUCACAUGGAGCUGGACGCUAAGACAUUCGCAGAGUGGGGAGUAGACUACUUGAAAGUGGAUGGAUGCUUUGUAUCUGAAAACAUUCUGAAUGAAGCUUACAUAAAACUGGGUAAAUAUUUGAAGAAGACUGGUAGGCCCAUGGUGUACUCGUGCAGUUGGCCGUACUACAUACAAUAUAUUCAUCAGCAACAACCGGAUUACGAAGAGAUAGCUCGGUACUGCAACCUGUGGCGUAACUACCACGACGUGCAAACGUCCUGGGACGCCGUCGCGAACAUCGUACGACACUACCGGAGUCAUUACUACGAGCUCGCUCCAGUCCACGGUCCAGGACAUUGGAACGAUCCUGAUAUGUUAAUAUUCGGUACGGGCGUGUUAACACACAGUCAGUGUCGCGUACAACUGACUGUAUUCGUGAUGAUGUCCGCUCCACUACUGCUCAGCUGUGAUAUGAAGAAAAUCACGCCUUAUGAGAAGUCACUGCUACAGAAUUUGGACCUUAUGGCCAUUGCACAAGACCCAUUGGGUAUUAUGGCUGAACCUCACCAUGUAACAGAUUGCACGCUCUGGAUAAAACCCCACCUGCCUCGCAAGGGGGAUCAGUUCCCGUCAUACAGCCUCGCCGUCAUGAACCUGGACUCAGACGCCAGCCACGUGUCCUUCAGACUGAAUACAUAUAACCUCAAUGCUACUGAUGGAUAUACUAUAUUGGACGUGUUCUCGGGCAAGUUCAUUCGAAACGUGACGUAUGACGAUAAGAUUGAAGUCACUGUGCCGGGAUUUGAUGUGAUUUUAUACACCCUGUACCCGCUUUAAUAUCGCUAACACUGAUGGGACAGUACCAUCCACACAAAUAUCAACUUUACAUCUAAAGAAAUAAAGUGCAAUUUUAAAGGACAAUAACUAAGUGAGUGAUUUUGAUAUUGGAUAAAGAGCUUUAUGUGGUUGGACUUUAAGGCUGUUUUAAAACAAACGUGAGUGUAUGUGGACUAUGUAUCUGCCGUUAUUAUGUACUUAAUUUUCAAAUGGUUGCCGUCCAAAUGUGAAAAACAUUAGUUUUAAUUUUUUUUGUAAUAAAUUCCUAAAUAUUAUACUAAAAUAAUUUUGAAAAAGUUGACCGAGUGGGCACAAGUGCGACUGCCGGGCAAGGAGCCCCGGGCAACGUAUUACCGGGUUUAUUAAAAAAAAUCUCAGUAGUAGCACUGAGUCUGGAAUUGUGCCCGGUAUGUGGCAAUAGGCUCACCCCC